AUGGCCCUCGUCAGAGUUGUGAAUGAUCUGCUCACAGAACCAGCUAAAAGGAAAUGGUCAGAGUCAGAUUGCUAUGUGCAGGCUCACAUCCCCACAGUCUCCUGCCAGCCCCAGCGCACAGUCACCGUGAACAACAGCGGCAACCCCGUCUGGAACCACACCUUCAAAUACCGCAUCUACACGGGGAUCAAGAAUGUGCUGGAGCUCAGUUUGUAUGAUAAGGACUACAUUUGUGAUGACUUCUGUGCCUCUGUUCUGUUUGACGUGGGGACCCUGAGUCUAGGACAGCCUGUGAGGCGCACCUUCACCCUGAACCCAGAGAACAAUGAGGAGCUGGAGGUAGAGUUUGAGCUGCGGGAGUGCAGCGAGCGACUGGACGUGAGGCUGAGGAGCAGCCUCUGCCAAGAGGAGACCCAUUUCCUGGAGCUGCGGCGGCUGCUGGUGGCUCAGGCUCUGAAGAAAGCACUGGGACUGAAGAAAGACCUGAAUCCCAAGCAGGUUCCAGUGGUGGCAGUACUGGGAUCUGGAGGCGGGACCAGGGCAAUGACAUCACUCUAUGGCAGCCUAUUAGGACUGCAGGAUCUGGGGAUGCUGGACUGUGUGACCUACCUGUCUGGAGUGUCUGGAUCUACCUGGUGCAUGUCUGCGCUGUAUGAGAAUGCUGAUUGGAGCCGUGAGUCCCUGUCAGGCCCGAUCGCCAAGGCUCUUGUUGGCACGUCGGGUAGCAAGAUGUCUGCGUACUCCUUGAGUCGGCUUAGCUACUACACAGAGGAGCUGAAAAGGAUGCACGAUGAUGGACUGAACGUCUCGCUCACAGAUUUCUGGGGCCUUGUUGUUGAGUUCUUCGUGUACAGACAGGAGAACCCAGCCCGACUGAGUGACCAGAAGAAGGCUGUAGCAUCUGGACAGAACCCUCUGCCAAUCUACGCCGGGGUCAAUGUGAAGACAGACCUCAACACCAAGGAGUUUGCAGAAUGGUGUGAGUUCACUCCCUACGAGGCAGGCUUCUCCAAGUACGGAGCCUUCAUCCGCACUGAGGAUUUCAGAAGCCAGUUCAACAAGGGCUACCUGAUCAAGAGGAUGGCAGAGCCUCGCAUCAGCUACCUGCUGGGAAUGUGGGGCAGUGCAUUUGCUGCCAGCCUGGAUGAGAUCUGGAACGCUGGAAAGAAGCUGGAGUGGCUCAACAACAAGGAAGACGAUGUUGAACUGGCAGAUGACAUCAAGAUGAGCUCAAAGACCUCAAGCUCCGAUGGCCUGCAUACUCAAGUGGUCACUCCGUCCAGCCCCGUAUCUUAUCUCAUCGACAAGAUCUUGAACUCCCGCUUCAGCUCCUGCCAGAGCCACAACUUCCUGCAUGGUCUCAACCUGCACAGCAAGUACCACACCAGCCACGAGUUCAUAACGGACACAGAUACUUCACCAGACACCUUCCCCAGCAAGCUGACCCCCUCAGAGCCCGUUCUGAACCUGGUGGACAGCGGCCUCUCCAUCAAUUCUGCCUUCCCACUCGUCCUGCGCGCCGCCAGGGAGGUGGACCUUAUCCUGUCCUUCGACUACUCCUGGGGAGGACACUUUGACGUGCUGAAGCUGACGGAGCAGUACUGUAGUGAGCGCAGCAUCCCCUUCCCUCCGAUCACCCUGAGCGAGGAGGACUGGAAGAACCCCAAGGAGUGCUACAUCUUCACAGAUGCGAAGAACCCCAAGACCCCCAUAGUGCUGCACUUCCCCCUCAUCAACCAGUCCUUCAGGAAGUUCAAGGCCCCAGGUGUCCCGAGGGUGACCCCAGAGGAGAAGGAUUGGGGUGACUUUGUGGUGGAGUGCGACGACUCUCCCUAUUCCACCACCAACUUCACCUACACUGAGCAGCAGCACAGCAGACUGGUGGAGCUGAACCAGUACAAUGUGCUGAACAACAAGGAUACCCUCCUGCAGGCACUGCGGCUGGCCUUGGAUAAGAGAGCCAAGAAACUGUGAGGCUGAGAAAGAGGCAAGACCCCUGCAUCCCCCAACUCACCUUCACUGCUGACAAGAGCGGGAAAGCGACUUGUCACACACUGAAACUGUACUUUAUUAAAAAUAGAUUUUGAUGUCCACUUAUGUCACCAAAUGUGUACAUUUUAAAGAAA